AUGUGGAGGCCAGGCUUGAACCACCAUGGACGUUGAGCCUGGAGCAUGCAGCAUCAGAGCGUCUCGGCGGAGGCGACAUCGUGUCCUACUCGUUUGACGUUCUCAAGGAGGCAGCUGACGUGGCUGUGGAGAGGCUUGUGAUUCGCCAGUGCGGAUUGCUGCUGCCUCGGGUGUCAAUUGGCUCUCCGUCUCUGCUGUUCCUUCAGCAGG